CUUACCCGGAACCGGCGGUAGAGCUGCGGCCACAGAACGGUGGAACGGCGCCGGCAUCGCGGAGCCGCCGGCAUGAGCGCCCCCCACCGCCCCGCGCCCCGGGCCCGGCCUUUCUGACAAGAGGUGUGAGAGGAUUCCUGUUCUAUUACAAUCAUGGUGCAAAAAUACCAGUCACCGGUGCGGGUCUAUAAACACCCCUUUGAAUUAAUUAUGGCUGCCUAUGAAAGGAGGUUUCCCACAUGUCCUUUGAUUCCGAUGUUUGUGGACAGUGACACUGUGAGUGAAUUCAGGAGUGAAGAUGGAGCUAUCCAUGUUAUUGAACGGCGCUGCAAACUGGAUGUAGACGCUCCCAGGCUGCUGAAAAAGAUUGCAGGAGUUGAUUAUGUUUAUUUUGUCCAGAAAAAUUCUCUGAACUCUCGGGAACGGACUUUGCAUAUUGAGGCCCAUAAUGAAACGUUUUCUAAUCGGGUCAUCAUCAACGAGCACUGCUGCUAUAGCGUUCACCCUGAAAAUGAAGACUGGACCUGUUUUGAACAGUCUGCAAGUUUAGAUAUUAAAUCUUUCUUUGGUUUUGAAAGUACAGUGGAAAAAAUUGCAAUGAAGCAAUACACCAGCAACAUUAAAAAAGGGAAAGAAAUCAUUGAGUACUACCUUCGUCAGUUAGAAGAGGAAGGCAUCACGUUCGUACCCCGCUGGACACCACCUUCCCUCACAGCCUCCUCAGAGGCAGCUUUCUCCUGCAAGAAACAGCCAGUGUCCACAGCUGUUGUCACCCCUGACACUGCCCUGAUGGAAGGGCUGAGCAGCGAGGCCCUCAGUAACAUCGCUGGGGCUCCCGAGCUGGUAGUGGGGACCCCGGACGAUAAAUUAGAUGCAGACUACAUCAAGAGAUACCUGGGCGACUUGACCCCCCUGCAGGAGAGCUGCCUCAUCAGACUUCGCCAGUGGCUCCAGGAAACCCACAAGGGCAAAAUCCCCAAAGACGAGCACAUUCUUCGAUUCCUACGCGCUCGGGACUUCAACAUUGACAAGGCCAGGGAGAUACUGUGCCAGUCCUUAACCUGGCGGAAGCAGCACCAGGUCGACUACAUUCUGGACACCUGGAACCCUCCGCAGGUCCUUCAGGAUUACUACGCAGGGGGCUGGCACCACCAUGACAAAGAUGGGCGGCCCCUCUACGUGCUCCGGCUGGGGCAGAUGGACACCAAAGGCUUGGUGCGUGCCCUCGGCGAGGAGGCCCUGCUGAGAUACGUUCUCUCCAUAAAUGAAGAAGGGCUAAGACGGUGUGAAGAAAAUACCAAAGUCUUUGGUCGACCUAUCAGCUCGUGGACCUGCCUGGUGGACCUGGAAGGACUAAACAUGCGCCACCUGUGGAGACCCGGCGUCAAAGCCCUGUUGCGCAUCAUUGAGGUGGUGGAGGCCAACUACCCCGAGACACUGGGCCGCCUCCUCAUCCUGCGUGCCCCCCGCGUAUUCCCCGUGCUCUGGACGCUGGUUAGUCCGUUCAUUGACGACAACACCAGAAGGAAGUUCCUUAUUUAUGCGGGAAAUGACUACCAGGGUCCUGGCGGCCUGCUGGACUACAUCGACAGAGAGAUCAUCCCAGAUUUCCUGAGCGGAGAGUGCAUGUGUGAAGUGCCAGAGGGCGGGCUGGUCCCCAAGUCUCUGUACCGGACUGCGGAGGAGCUGGAGAACGAAGACCUGAAGCUCUGGACCGAAACCAUCUACCAGUCUGCGAGUGUCUUCAAAGGAGCCCCGCACGAGAUCCUCAUCCAGAUCGUGGACGCCUCUUCAGUGAUCACCUGGGACUUUGACGUGUGCAAAGGGGACAUUGUCUUCAACAUCUACCACUCUAAGAGAUCACCCCAGCCCCCUAAGAAGGACUCCCUGGGCACCCACGGCCUGACCUCACCUGGAGGGAACAACGUGCAGCUGAUAGACAAGGUCUGGCAGCUAGGCCGCGACUACAGCAUGGUGGAAUCGCCACUCAUCUGCAAAGAGGGAGAGAGCGUCCAGGGCUCCCACGUUACGCGGUGGCCAGGCUUCUACAUCUUGCAGUGGAGGUUCCACAGCAUGCCCGCGUGUGCCGCCACCAACCUGCCGCGGGUGGACGACGUGCUGGCCUCCCUGCAGGUGUCCUCGCACAAGUGCAAAGUGAUGUACUACACGGAGCUUAUUGGCUCUGCGGACUUCAGGGGCUCCAUGACCAGCCUGGAGUCCAGCCACAGCGGGUUCUCUCAGCUGAGUGCCGCCACCACUUCCUCCAGCCAGUCCCACUCCAGCUCCACGGUUUCCAGAUGGCGACUUUGCUGACAGCUGCAAAGAAAACCCUUCACUCAACAGUCCCCAUCUGCCCAAAGGUGUUUGUAGACCUGAGAUGCAGCCCCUCCCCCACCCAGGCUGGAGAUGUAAUUUCGUUAAGCUGAUAGAAAAGUGGCACUGUUUUGUCCCCAAAGAGUUUAAUGAGUCUUUCAUUGAAAGCACAUACUGCGCAGACGCUUACAGGGUUUUCUCAGGAGUGAAGUGCCACCUCGUUCUCUCUGUGAAGGGGUGGGGUCACCUGACCGGCUCUGCGGUUUGUUCUUUCUCUCUCCUGGCCGUACCUGCCACCCCAUAACCGUGGGCUGUCCCUUUCUCCCGGCAGGGCACGGAGGAGUCUUGGUUUCCCCCACUCUGUAACUAAUGUCUUCAUUCUCUCUCCGCCCUCUGCUCACUAUUUGCAUAUCAAACUGUAAAUGUUUUGUAUACUUAUUACCUCACUCUUGGUAAUACAAUACUGAUAGUCUUUAAAAGAUUUUUUUAUUGUAAUCCAUAAUAAAUGUGAACUGUUUCAAGAAAA